AGAUUGCUGCCGGACUCCGCCGCGCGCUCCGCGGGAUCCGACCCCGCGCCGCUCCGUCCGGGCCACAGCCGCCCCGCAGCCCGCUCAUACAACCCAGUCCCGCAGGUCGCCGAGCGCCGGGACCCCGAGAAGCCAGACUCUGGGUUGGGGAGUUUCUCUCCUCAGGUCGCCCAGGUUAAGAAAUUGUGACAAUCUGGAAUUCCCAGUGCCCGAGAGAGUUAAAGCCUAGAGCGAGCGAUCUGUUGCUUUAAGCUACACGGUGGGAAGGAGCUUGGAGUCUCCUUAAAGUUGGUUUUCUGUUUAAAAGAGGGCGGCCAGAGAAGAUGUUGUAGGUGGUUGCCUAGCCCGGCCGUGAAAGGUGUUAAUUUCUGAAGUGGGCGACGCCGAGUACUUACUGAAGCUCAGGUAACAAGGAAAUUAGAAGGACACCUUGCUCUGGGCCACCCAGCCCACUCGGCAGUUCCCCAGCUCACUGAAGUUUGGACUUGUCUCAAAGGACUCUUCAAGAACUGAAUAGAGAAACCCCAAGCAAGCUGCUUGAAUCGGCCUGCAUUCCCCUGUUCUGCCUUCCGUAGAAAGAACCAGGAGCGGUUGAAUUGGUGACAUUUAGUUACUGCCAGCCAGCCGUGGAUGCCUUUGACAGUAUGACCGCAGAGGAUUCCACCACAGCCAUGAACAGCGAUCCCACAGUUGGGUCCUCCUCCAAGGUGCCAGAGGGCGUGGCGGGCGCGCCCAAUGAGGCUGCACUGUUGGCCCUGAUGGAGCGCACCGGCUACAGCAUGGUACAGGAGAAUGGGCAGCGCAAGUAUGGUGGACCUCCGCCCGGCUGGGAGGGUCCGCAUCCCCAGCGAGGCUGCGAGGUCUUCGUGGGGAAGAUCCCGCGUGAUGUGUAUGAAGAUGAGCUGGUACCUGUGUUUGAGACCGUAGGCCGCAUCUACGAAUUGCGCCUCAUGAUGGAUUUCGAUGGCAAGAACCGCGGCUAUGCAUUCGUCAUGUACUGCCACAAGAAUGAGGCCAAGCGAGCUGUUCGUGAGCUCAACAACUACGAGAUCCGCCCGGGCCGCCUGUUGGGCGUGUGUUGCAGCGUAGACAACUGCCGCCUCUUCAUCGGUGGCAUCCCCAAGAUGAAGAAGCGUGGGGAGAUCCUAGAAGAGAUUGCCAAGGUCACUGAAGGCGUGCUCAACGUGAUCGUCUACGCCAGCGCGGCAGACAAGAUGAAAAACCGAGGCUUCGCCUUCGUGGAGUACGAGAGCCAUCGCGCUGCAGCAAUGGCCCGCCGCAAGCUCAUGCCGGGUCGCAUCCAACUGUGGGGCCACCAGAUCGCCGUGGAUUGGGCUGAGCCCGAGAUCGAUGUGGACGAGGACGUGAUGCAGACAGUGAAGAUCCUCUAUGUGCGCAACCUCAUGAUCGAGACCACCGAGGAGACCAUCAAGAGGAGCUUCGGCCAGUUCAACCCAGGCUGCGUGGAACGGGUCAAGAAGAUUCGCGACUACGCCUUCGUGCACUUCACUAGCCGUGAGGACGCUGUGCACGCCAUGAACAACCUCAACGGCACAGAGCUGGAGGGCUCCUGCUUGGAGGUCACGCUGGCCAAGCCUGUGGACAAGGAGCAGUACUCCCGCUACCAGAAGGCGGCCAAGGGCGGCGGUGGCACAGCCGAGGUGGUAGCCCAGCAGCCCAGCUAUGUGUAUUCCUGUGACCCCUACACGUUGGCCUACUAUGGCUACCCCUACAACGCGCUCAUCGGGCCCAACAGGGACUACUUCGUGAAAACAGGCAGCAUAAGAGGCCGAGGCCGAGGUGCGGCUGGAAACAGAGCCCCAGGGCCCAGGGGUUCCUACCUCGGAGGAUAUUCUGCUGGCCGUGGUAUAUAUAGCCGAUAUCACGAAGGCAAAGGCAAACAGCAAGAAAAAGGAUAUGAACUUGUGCCAAAUUUGGAAAUCUCUACUGUCAACCCAGUUGCCAUUAAACCCGGCGCAGUGGCCAUCCCUGCCAUCGGUGCCCAGUACUCCAUGUUCCAGGCAGCCCCAGCCCCUAAGAUCAUUGAGGAUGGCAAGAUCCAUACAAUGGAACACAUGAUCAGCCCCAUUGCCGUGCAACCUGACCCCGCCACUGCCGCCGCUGCGGCCGCCGCCGCUGCCCAUGCUGUCAUUCCUGCUGUAUCCACACCACCACCUUUCCAGGGCCGCCCAAUAACUCCUGUGUAUACCGUGGCACCAAAUGUUCAGAGAAUUCCCACCGCCGGCAUCUACGGGGCCAGCUACGUUCCCUUCGCUGCUCCUGCCACUGCCACCAUCGCCACACUACAGAAGAAUGCUGCGGCCGCCGUGUACGGGGGCUACGCCGGCUACAUACCUCAGGCCUUCCCCGCUGCUCUCCAGGUGCCCAUCCACGACGUCUACCAGACUUACUGAGACCAGGGACCAGAGCCAAGGCAAGCAAGCCACCAGACACCGCUGAAGGAACACUUUAUUAUUUAUGAAGAAAGAACGUGUUGAAUUGGCACACGUGCGAAACCUGCAAGUGAAGAAUGUUAGCGAUUAUCACACUGAAAUGUUUUACAUCCAUGAAGUUUUCACUCUCUUUUUUUUUUUUAAAGACUUUUCAACUUAGCAGGCCCGCGUUCGUUCAUACAUUUCUAAGAGACUUGCAACGCCUCACGCCUUAAUACCAUCUUUUAAGAUUUGUACACCUUACUGCAUUUGUACAGACAGAGGUUUGGUUUUGUUUUUUAAGGAUAUAUUUUCAGUAUGAAGGUUAUUUUCUUAACUUCUGCACUCCAGAGAUUUCUAUUUUGUAGAACCUUUCAAAAUAUAUCAGCUAUAUAAAUAUAUAUUAAAAUAAAGAAGCACAUCCGAGCAUCUAGGGAACUAUUUUAAAAACUAUUAUUCAAUAUUUAAAGAUACCAACUGUAGAGCUUUGAAAUGCUACAUAAAACCUUAUUUUUAAAGGUGAUGCUGGAAAGUGCAGCUUCCAAAAGAGUGGAAAUCUCUGCUGUAUUUCCCUGGCAUUAAGGGUUGACGAUAUUGCCAUGGUUUCUCACCAUGGUUUCUGUUUUGGGGGUUGUUUUGUUUUCUUCUGUUUUAUUAACAAUCUGUCUUUAAGUCAACAUGGAAAAGACUUGUCACACCCAGGGUCUCAACACUGGAAAGCUCUCUUCUGCCCUUGGGCUCUCUCCCUGUGUCUUCAUUAACUGUGUCUCCUUCUCCCCUCCCCUCCUUCCUAUCUCUUUGAAGUCUGGCAUAGCUAAGAAAAAUGGAUAAUUCUGAUAGAGAAGACAACUGAUGCCUUUUAUACUUCUUCCUGGGAUUUUGUCGGGGUCUUUUAUUAUUAUUGUUAUUAUUAUUAUUUUUAGUUUGUUUGGGGGGUAUCGCCUUCUUUAUGCGUUUUCAGUAGCAGAAUGCAGGGAAGGGCACUAUUUUGCCAUGUUUUUCGUAAGGCAUAGCUGUUUAAAUUGUUCAGUAUGGGACUUUUAACUUCCUAAUGCUUUGAUUUUUGGAGUCUGAGUUUUUGGAGGCCAAGAAUGUAUAUGAUUAUAGACAAGACCUUCAAGAUUUGCCAACAGCAAGUUGUGCUUCUUGUGUCUCUUGCAGAGUGUCUGUCAUCAUCAGGAAGGUUGGAAGCAUUUGUUGAACAAGGCUUCCCUCGGGCACUCUGUGUCUGGCAGAAGAACACGGGGCAUACGCACCCGGGAGGGGGAGCCACCUAUAGGAGUUAAAGGGGUGUUUGUGAUAACUUCUGAUGCUUGCUUGUAGUCAUUUUGUGUUGCCAAAGCUCAUGGUGUGUAGUGUGAUGCAAACGCAGCUGUUUUAUCUCAAUAUUAUUAAAAGUGUUUGUUAUAUUUUUUUUAGGGACUAAAAACACAGAUGCAGUGUUUUGUGCCUGUUUAAAGGCUUCUCUUUCAGAGUGAAUGUAAAAUACAGGAAAAUGCUAAUAUCGUCAUCUGCUUCAUGGAUUACAUCAAUGUGCAUUUUUUUUAAAGGCUCAGUCAGGACCGUGAGGCGUGCAAUAAGGUGCACCAUAAGGUACAGUUGUAUUUUAUGUCAUAACAGAGUCCAUCAAAUCUUCCCACCAGCGUUGGCCUAAUGGGCUUAACUCUUAUUUGUGGCUUGGUCCUAGGAUCACGCCCCUAGCCAAUGCUCCUAGAUAGCUGUUUAAUUGUUUUCUCUUCUUUUAAAUUAAGAGAUCCCCGAAUGCCUUUUUCCCCUUCUCUCGAAGAGAUGAAUUUUUAUAUAUAAGGAAUAUUUAUUUAACUGUUCUAUUAAAUGUCCAGUGCCUGCUGAGGCCUUUAAGCAUUCCUCGCCAUCCUGGUUGAACGGCAUAAACUAGCCCUGCAAUGUUCUGAGUUGCACCCGCACGGACGGGGUGGGAUGAGAGCCUCCAUUAAAGGCAACUCGUGUCAGGCCCUCCUCCCUCGACUGUGUGAGAGAAGUGCCAAGGACAGCCACGGAGGUCCUCAGGUACAGCCACGGAGGUCCUCAGGUACAGCCACGGAGGUCCUCAGGUGAAACACUGUCCCCAUGUUCUUGCUGUAUUUUACAAGUGCCGGGAAAACUACUAUCAUAGUAAUAACAAAAGGAAACCAUGCACUAUCUUAACGUGGCACCUACCCUAAGAACAAGCGGCGGUGGUGCCAGUUAAGCUUCAGCGGCCCUGCUGUCUGUGGUCUCACCUACGCCUACCGUUUCACACCAUUUCACGUACACUACUGAGGUAAGUUUAUAACUUGAAAUGUGAACUUUUUUUUUUUUUUUAGGAUUAAGAACAAACUAAUAUAAAUGUUUUUAAGAGUUUUAAAGUUGUAGACAUGCCACUAGUUUAGUUUGUAGCUUCGUAUUUGUAAAAGCUUUUUAGACCUCGCUGCAUUUACAGAGUACAUUCUUAAGAUGGAUGUGGUAAAUAAAGCUUUCUUUAAAGCAGU